AUGGCUGAGAAUCAAGGAAAUGCAACAAACAAUGUUGCUAAUGUCAAUAAAAUCCCAAAUAUUGCAGAGGUCUCAGUGGAACGAGGACCAAGGAUGCUUAGAGACUAUGUAGUUCCUACUGUCAUGGGAGUGCAUUCAUGCAUCAGACACCCCAAUAUGGCUGCAAAUAGUUUUGAGAUUAAGCUAGGAAUAUUACAAAUGGUGCAUUCCGCUGUUCAGUUUGGGGGGUUGUCUACGAAAGAUCAUAAUUUUCACAUAGCCAAUUUCCUGGAGUUAUGUGUAACAUUUAAAAUGAAUGGGAGACUACGUAAGCAGAAUUUAGAUAAACAGUUUGCAAAUUUUUUAGAGGUGUUCAAGAAGAUACACAUUUUCAUACCUUUUGCUGAAGCACUGGAACAUAUGCCUAGAUAUGUAAAGUUUAUGAAGGAGAUCCUAUCUAACAAAAUGAAGAUGGGAGAUCAUGAAACUGUAGAAUUGGUUGAAGAGUGUAGUGUUAUUUUGCAAAGAAAGCUCCUGCAAAAGUUAAAAGAUCCUGAUGGAGCAGUAGCAAGUCAGAAGCUAGUAGAAGAUCUUCUUGAGCUAAGUCUUACAAUUGAUGACGUAGAUGAAGAGGAUUGCAAGGAGGCAGUGAGUUAUUUGAAUCGGAUACAAUCAUAUGGACCGUUGAGAGAAAAGAGGUUUGAAGAACUUGGUCAAGGGCCUGAAAUACCAUUACCAUCCUUUGAAAACCCUCCUAUUCUAGAAUUAAAGGCUUUGCCAGAGCAUUUAUGCUAUGUUAUUGGAUGGACUCUAGCUGACAUAAGGGGACUAAGCCCAUCGACUAUGAUGCAUAGAAUUUUGAUGGAAGAUGAUGCUAAACCGACAAUAGAUGCUCAAAGAAGAUUAAAUCCAACAAUGAAUGAAGUGGUAAGAAAAAAAGUUCUUAAGUGGUUAGAUGUUGGUGUAAUUUACCCAAUUUCAGAUAGUGCAUGGGUGAGUCCAGUGCAAGUAGUUCCAAAGAAGAGGGGAAUGACGGUGGUUAAGAAUGAGAAUAAUGAAUUGAUUCUGACUUGCAUUGUGACAGGUUGGAGGAUUUGUAUAGAUUACCGUAAAUUGAAUAAGGACACUAGAAAAGAUCACUUUCCCAUUCCUUUCAUUGAUCAAAUGUUAGACAGGUUGGCGGGCCAUAGUUAUUAUUGUUUCUUGGAUGGGUAUUCAGGAUACCAUCAAAUUGACAUUGCACCUGAGGAUCAAGAGAAAACCACGUUUGCAUGCCCAUAUGGUACUUUUGCGUUUAGAAGAAUACCAUUUGGACUUUGUAAUGCACCUGCAACGUUCCAAAGAUGUAUGAUAGCUAUAUUUUCGGACAUGGUAGAAAAGGGUAUUGUGAUCUUUAUGGAUGAUUUUUUUGUUUAUGGUUUUUCUUUUGAUAAAUGUUUGGCUAAUUUGGAGCUAGUUUUGAAGAGAUGUGAGGAAUCACACUUAGUCUAG